AUGCUUUUCCUUUACAAGUUCUGGCAGGACGAACCCCAGCGUCUGAACCGAUGUGCAUAUGUGCACAGACCGCAGGGAUGUCGCCAGGGAGCGGCCUGCCGAUUCUGCCAUAUUCAUCCGGUCUCUGAUGCGGACUACAAGAAGCGAACAGGGCGAGGCUGGGGUAAGAAGGAAUCAGCGGAGCAGAAGAAGGACCGGCUGGCGGCUCACGAAGCAAAGAAAGCGAUUGGCCAAGAGCGAAGGCUGGCCAAAGCAGAUCUUCAGGGCUAUUUGCGCUAUGGCAAGGUAGUGGAACUUCCAGAGUGCAAGCACGUCUUCCAUCGCGCCUGUGCACAACAAUUGGUGGAUGCCCGUGGGAGGCACCCGGCCAACAUUCGACUCCUUCGACGCCUGAAGCGUUUGGAAAAAAAGAUGGAGUUGCUUGGUGCUACUUCCAUGCCCUUCACCGAGACGCGCCGGAGAAAGCGUACGUGGUAUGCUGCCGCCGCCCCAGGUACACGGCAGAAGGGGCCCUCGCAGAAUACCAUAGACCUCAUGGAGCAGAAAGCCCAACUCUGGCGUCGCCUACGGAGGUAUCGCCUGGGAGGCUUCGAAGCUCACCUGGUUCAGGGAAGCUUCGCCCGAGGUGAGACGUCGAGCCCUUCGAGCCAGGCUGCCAACAGCCCAGUGCUAAGCCUGGAUCAAUCGGUGGCUCUGGCGGCGGCGCUGCAGAUGGCACCGCACAUCCCAGGUCGCAUGGCGCUCUUGCAGCAGCUAGGUGACCAUGGAGCCAAGAUAGCUGGGCAGAUGAAGAGCUUGGAACAACAGAGGUGCUUAGUGGCCACGAGUUGCCUCAGCAGCACGUUGGCAUCGAUGCACUUGCCCAGCCCAAAGAUGCUGGAAACCUUGGAGGCCCUGAGCGAAAGGCCCUUAGAGGCGAGAGCUUCACCUCGGAUUCGGCCUCGCAGUUUUUUGUCCUACCUUCGCCUUAGCCUCGCAGGAAAAGAGUCAGGAGUCUCGGAGAUCUCGGAGCAAAGUCAGCAGGCCAUCAACCGCCAGUUGAAGGAGUUACUUCAACUUCGAGAUGGAAGAGUUCUGCUUUGGAGCCUUCCGGCAGAGGAGUUAGCUGACGUCAUGAGCACCUUGGCCACUCUUCUGGUUGACGCCGAGAUGCUGGAUCCGCAGUUGCGCGCACGUUUGCGCCGUGGAUUACAAGAAGGACUCCAAAGCCUGGAGGUUGAGGCCAACGGAAGGGCCUUGCCCAAAGGUUGGCAGAGGCCAUUGGAGAAGCGCAGUGGUGGGCCACCCGCUGCAAGGCAGUUCCUAGAGUUGCUGGCCGGCAUGCUUUGGCUUGAACCGUGUGAAGCAGAGGUGCACCAAGCGUGUGUCCAACUGGGCAUAUCUGCCCAGAAGGUCCUUGAACGGGUGAGUUCUUGGCGAGGCAAAGAAUCUUGCCAAGUCUUGAUGAAGCGGGAUCACCAAAGAGGCGUGCCCGGUGUGCCGCAAUUGCAAGAGGCUCCACAUAGGAAGAAUGCCAACAACACGCACACGGUGCUAGGCAGCCUCUUUUGGGACCUGCCCAGCAUUUGUGCUCUGCGAGCAGUCACCAAAGCCCAUUUGGAGGCUUGGAAUUCUGUGCUUUUGAGAUAUUUCCGAUUUCUUUGCGACCUGAAUCGUCCCUGCCGCCUGCUGGCCGCCAAAGAGCGUCUCGAUGAUCAGGGCGAGCUGGAUUUAGAUGCCUUGACGCACUGUAUCCACUCCUUAGUCUUGCGUGUAGCCGAUUUGGAGAAGCAAGGAGGUCGGGAAGAGAUGUCUUUGGUUUGGUGUAAUGGCGCCAUUGCAGAUCAGUGCGGCGACUGCGGGCCACAAGUUUUCUACGAUCUCGUCUUUGUGAAUGAGUUCGCGGCGGAGAUCGCUUUUGCAUCCGGCGGUGCCGAAUGGACGGAGGAUCUGACCGGCAAAAGCGAGCGGGUCCGCGUCUAUCGAUUUCCACCGCCGAAUUGGGAUCUAGGCUGGAGCAAGAAAAAUCAGGCUCCAUGCUACUGGAAGGGACACGAAGUGUCUGCAGCGUAUCCAGCGAAGAAGUCAACGAAUGGUCCAGAACAGGAGUACGUUUUUAAGCCUGGACCAGCAGAAUCCAUUGGCAUGUGUUUGACAGAAGACGGCUUCAUCACAGAGGUCAUUCCCAAAAGUCAAGCUGCCGCCUACGGCAUUUCGCCUCUGUCCUUCGUGCACCGUGUGGGGGGCAUUGAGGUGAGUUCUUCACCUCGUUCAGAGACGUCAGUUCCCACCUGUGCUUGGAAUUUGGUUCGCAGGUAUCGUCUUGGAGGAGAACCUUUUAUCAUUUCCAUCAUUCAUCGACCAAGACCCGACCCCGAAGAUCUGGGCCUGUGUCGACCUGCAGAGGAUCGGAUGCAUUUGCCUCCUGAUUGGGUGGAAGUAGUUCCUCCCGGCUGGGGCAUGCAGGGAAAGAGCUACUACAAGAACAGUUGGACUGGGCAAUGCUGCGAGUUUCAGCCGUUGCCACAUCCCUUGUACCCCAGGCAUAGUGAUGCGAAGGUGGCUGAGCGGACCAAGGCCUUGAAAGCCUUGAUGGCAUGGGCCAAGGCGGAGAAGCCCUUGGGAAACUCCGAAACUUUGAGACUCUUGAGGGACUAUACGCAUGACAUGCACGAGCCCCUACGACAAAGCGCCAUCCAGAACCUGGGCGAGUUAUCCAAGGCCAAAACCUUUGGAGUCUCUGAGAUCCUCACAUGCUUGGCAAGUCGAGCCUUUGACGACAGCCCAGUGGUCCUUGGAGCGUUGAUUGACGCCUUGGAGCAGUGCCAGGAAGCGGCGACCUCCGAGGCCGAUGCUGCAGCUGCCGCAGCGCUCAUCAAGCAGCACAAGGAGACCCUCGAGGCACACCAGCAAAAAUUCCCAGAUGGCUAUGGCUUCCGAAUGGACGUUAAUGAGUUCUUGCGGGGGCUCACCACAGAAGGAAGUGAUGAAGAGACACAGACUUCUGGGAGUGAGGAAUGA